CUUUUGUUGACUCACUCGUGUGUAGUCGUCGCCGUCGCCCCUCGUCCUAGAUGGGCCCUGCAUUUUUACCUCGCACCCCCCUUUGUCACUCUGCUGGACCAGGGGGGGAAGGGGGGGCGUGUGUUCACACUCGUCCUUUCGCCUCGUUCUGCUUGUUACGCCAUAAUUCACGGGUCCUUGAAAUGCUGCAAACGAGUCCGGCCUGCCUGGGCUUUUCACUUGCUCGUGUAUAAAGGCUCGAUCACUUUCAUCCUCCUUUUUCAACUCGCUCCUUUCUCUUCUCAAAGAUAAAAAGCAGCCACGUCUGACCAAGUCCAACAACACACAACCCGCUACCCCCCCGCCAGCAGUCAGCUCAUCUAAGAGGCAACUCAAGCAACCAAGACCAAGUCCCAACAAACGCAACAAUGGGCGGCUCUUACAAGGUCCACAUCCACCAGGCCUCCUCGCGAGGCCACUCUGUUGGCAGCUCCUCCCACUCUUCUGGCACUGCUGCGUCUUCAUCGGCCCCAUCCACCCGCCAGUCCACGUCUUCGGGAACCCGCCGCGUGUACUCUGCUACUGGCUACACCUCCAAUGUAGUUGGAUCGUCCAACGGCGCUCUCGUCAUGAACCACAACCAGACCGGCUAUGUGGCCAACUCUCCCAGCCCGGGGUACGGCGGUGCUUACUACACGAGAUGAGCUGCAUGCCGUCAGCUAGCAACAUGCGAUAUUCCUCCGUCUCUCCUCUCGGUUGGCAGCAUUGUCGGCGUUCAUGAUCACUAGAAUGGGAAAAGGCAACUUUUGAUUUCCUUUGUUUCUGGGUCUCACGGUGGGCUUGUUACACACAAGGCCGGGGGUGUUGCUGGCUUCUAUUUCACAGCGUGCGCCUCCUUGGUGAGGCUCAUGUAAGUUAUGUACUACUUGAACACGGCUAUCGGGGAAACGGUGCACGGGAAAUUUGACGCGUUCCUUUGUUGAUUCUCGCGAAUGUUGAUGAAAGACUGGGAAUAGAUAGAGCACCGAGCAGCUGAUUGCGAUUUGACUGACAAUUGAAGUCUGGUCCGGGCAUCUUCAAAAAAAAAAUAAUAACUAGCAUUCGUUCUUGCGUCGACCUUGACGAUGAGUGACCCAGUCAAUCGGUGGCUGCAUGCGCGCGGGCCCCUGCUGCAGGAACUGGAGUGUGCCGAUACGUCGCUGCCCGAGGAUGCCUCGAUACCUGACAA